ACACUAUACGAGGUUCGAAUCGUGGCUAGCAAUGGAGCCGGCAUGUCCUCAACUAGCCCGAUCCUUUUGGUAUCCACCACGGGUCCCAUUAAGCCCGGUGGCCUGGCUGGCGCUAGUGGAACCUGGUUUAUUAUCAUCUUCAUCCUCUUUGUGCUGUUGCUCGUCCUUUUGGCCUUAUUUGUCUACACCAGGGAGCAACGACUUCAAACAGGCAAGCCUAGCUAAGACUAAUUUUGUGAUAUUGCUGACAUCAAUUAAUGUUGUUGGACAAUGCAUAGAUGCACUAGUUUUGCGCCUGCAAGAAGAAUUAUUGUCUAUUUCUAUGCAUUUUCAAGUAGCAAGAAGAAAAGUUGAAUGUGAAUUCUUUCCUAAUGCAGGCCAUUUGGCAAAGCCAGCUCACGUAUGGCUUAUCUUGAUGAAAUAA